AUGUCUCUUGUUAUGCAGGCUGAGCUGUCACAAGCUCAAGACACCACGUCAGACACACCCAGAUCGUCGCAGGAACAGAGGUGCUACUCCUCGCCUACGUCGGUCGAGAGUUGCGACAAGAAACACCACAGGAGAGACUUUCUCGAUCAAGCGGUGGAUCCGCUGGACGGAACCAAGCCUGUGGAGACUCGUCCGGGAUCACAGCAACACGUUGGCGCGGGUUGGAUAGAGAACCACCAGGCGUCGCACAAACACCCGUUAGACGAGGAUUCGGCUCCCGCAGCAGCCGUAGGUGAUCAACAGGAGCCUCAGGAACCAAAAGACAAUGUAGAGGAACGGGAUCAUGAAAGCGCUCUUGAUCGAGCCAGUUUCGUGGAAACCGGGUCGUUCAUUCAAGGUCUUAAUGAUGACAAGGUUCUGCUAAAUGGUAGUACGCCACGGCACAAACCUUCCAGAAGAGCAACCCAAGAUUCAUCCAACUCUUUGCGGCAAUUUCCUUUCGACUCUGGGAAACAUGCCAAAAUCGUUCCUGUAGAAGAAUCACCUCACCAUGGCCAGGAACAAGUUGUUCCAGACAACGGUAGCAGAGCUCAAAUUAAGCCCCGUGAUGAUAUUGAUUUAGAUGAUAUCGUGACCCUUCUUCGCUCCACACACUCUCGUGCCACCACGACACAAUCUUUCAACGCCAACCCCAGACCCAGUGCCAUUAACGACGGUUCUUUAAAGCGUUCGGAAUCGGCUACUGCUGAGAUCAAGAAGAUGCGCGAAUCUUUACUUCACAAAAGGGAAAUGCGUAAAAAACAGCGUAACUUCCUCGACGACGACAGGGUUUUGAUAGGUAACAAAGUUAGUGAAGGGCAUGUGAAUUUUACUAUUGCAUAUAACAUGUUAACCGGGAUCAGGGUAGCUGUUUCCAGAUGCUCCGGUAUUAUGAAACCCUUGACACCUCGCGAUUUCCGUUUGACAAAGAAGCUGGCCUUUGAUUUUCACGGUAAUGAGCUUACUCCAAGUUCUCAAUAUGCAUUCAAGUUCAAGGAUUACUGUCCCGAAGUAUUUCGCGAGCUACGGGCAUUGUUUGGGCUUGAUCCGGCAGAUUAUUUGAUGUCCUUGACGUCGAAGUACAUUUUGAGUGAGUUGAACUCUCCUGGUAAGAGUGGAUCAUUUUUCUACUUUAGUAGAGAUUACAAGUACAUCAUCAAGACCAUCCAUCAUGCAGAGCAUCAACAUCUGAGGAGAACGCUCAAAGAGUACUACUCCCACGUGAAGGAAAAUCCAAACACUUUAAUCUCACAGUUUUAUGGUUUACAUCGGGUCAAGAUGCCAAUUUCAUUCAAAAGCAAAAUCAAGCAUCGGAAAAUUUAUUUUUUGGUGAUGAAUAACCUAUUCCCACCACAUUUGGAAGUCCACACUACUUUCGAUUUGAAAGGGUCUACAUGGGGUAGAUACACGAAGGUUAAUGAUUCACCCCAAGCUCAAGAAGGGGAUGCUCAUAGACCAGUUCUCAAGGACCUCAAUUGGUUACAAGAGCAACGUAGCAUACAGUUUGGACCAUUGAAAAAGAAAAAGUUUCUGCAACAGCUAGAGAAAGACGUCGAUCUACUUGCGCGGUUGAAUAUUAUGGACUACUCGCUUUUGCUUGGAAUUCAUGACGUGGAGAGAGGUAAUGAUUUGAUAGACGAGCAUAACAUGUUGACGAUGUACAGUCCGGACCAGAAUGAGCUGCAGGAAGUGAAGCGCAAGUCUAUGGCAGAACAACAAGCGCGUCAAAAAUCGACCAUGGCAGUACAGCACUUUUUUCAACAGGACGAAGGAGGAAUUCGUGCUUCGGAUCAGUUCAACAAUGACUUGAACAAAAUAUAUUACAUUGGAAUCAUAGAUUGUUUGACGAAUUAUUCAUGUGUUAAAAAGUUGGAAACUUUUUGGCGCGGUUUGAGCCACGAUCUGAAGGUCAUUAGUGCAGUGCCUCCUCGCGAUUAUGGGGAUCGCUUCUACGAGUUUAUGGCAUCAUCUGUCAACAGAAUACCAAGUAAGCGAUACAAAGAUGAUCCAAAUGCAGUUGAAUACAACGAUGCACCACCCGUUAACCGAGCCUCCGAAAAACGUUGA